CUGCUCAUUCUUUUCACACAAGGCUACUGUGGGCCGUGUAUAUAUGAACAAAAGACAGAUUGGGGGGAAAUUGUAGCAGGAAUUCUGGGGUCCCAAGCCAUGGAGAGGGUCAACGGCGGGCCCCUGAGCCUGCUGAGCCGGGCCUACGUCUACGCCAUCCACGGCUACUUCUGUGAGAUCCUCUUUGCAGCCGUCAUCCUGGACCAGGACUGGACAUUUCCGGGGGUCACAAGCUUGUGGUCGCUCCUGGCUUAUGGCAGCUGCGGCUUGGCCUUAGAGCGCCUCUAUCUCCUGCUGCGCGAGGCCUGCUGCCUCCUGACGCGCUGCCUGCUCUACACCCUCUGCAUCUAUCUCUGGCAGUUCUGCACAGGCUCCAUCCUCUUGCUUUUCGGUGCCCGCCCCUGGGACUUCAGUGGAUUUCACUACAACUUCUGGGGCCUCGUUGCCCUGGAGCACAGCCUCAUCUGGUUUGUGACCUCCCUCUUACUGGAGAAGACCAUCAUCUGCAACGUGCUGAGAGUCAGGCUGGAUCCGGCCUGGAAGAAACCCCCCGGGCGUCCCCUCCCCAGGUUUGAACUUAAAGUUGACUGAUCUGGCACUGGUGUAGCAAGGAG